AUGCGACGAAGUUCAUCUCCGCCGUUCAAAGGGGACGGACCCAAAGGCAAUUCAUUGGCUGAACGACGAUGCCAGCGUGUCGCAUAUUUUAUUACGAUUGCCCGCACCCAUAUUCAUCCCUUUGAAGGAUCUCACAUUCUCCAUUUCUUUCCCGGGUUCUAGAUUCAGGAGGGGAGAAAGGAAUCGCGUGGAGGCGUCGGAAUUCUCCGUGUGUCGUAUUCCUUCCAUUAAAAAAAUCUGUAUUCAGGUUAGAUACCAAAAUGAAUGAGCAUGUAUUAAAGGAGUUUUAUAUACCCAAAUACAUUAUUGUACCCGACUCAAUGGUUGAGGAGCUUCACCGUCCACCUAGUAGUCCUGUAGUAGUUUUCAUCAAUUCAAAAAGUGGCGGCCAGCUCGGGGGUGAUUUACUUCAAACAUAUCGUCAGCUUCUCAGUGAAUCACAGGUUAUUGAUUUGGGACAGGAGGCUCCUGAUAAAGUCCUGUACAGACUCUAUGCCAAUCUGGAAAGACUCAAGUCCAAUGGGGAUAUUCUUGCCGCUGAAAUUGAAAAUAAGCUAAGACUCAUUGUUGCAGGUGGGGAUGGCACAGCAGGUUGGUUGCUUGGUGUCGUUAGUGAUCUGAAACUAAGUCGUCCACCUCCAAUUGCUACUGUGCCUUUGGGAACUGGAAACAAUCUUCCCUUUUCAUUUGGCUGGGGUAAGAAGAACCCUGGUACUGAUCGUCAAUCUGUGGAACAUUUUCUCUACCAAGUAAUGAAUGCAAGGGAAAUGAAAAUUGAUAGCUGGCAUAUAAUCAUGAGAAUGCGAGCUCCCAAAGAAGGCUCCUGUGAUCCGAUAGCUCCUCUAGAGUUGCCACACUCUUUACAUGCAUUUCAUCGUGUCUCACACACAGACUCUCUUAAUGUGGAAGGUUAUGAUACAUUUCGUGGUGGAUUUUGGAACUACUUCAGUAUGGGAAUGGAUGCCCAAGUGUCGUACGCAUUUCACUCUGAGAGGAAGCUGCAUCCUGAUAAGUUCAAGAACCAGUUAGUUAAUCAGAGUACUUACGCUAAGCUUGGUUGCACACAAGGGUGGUUUUGUGCAUCUCUUUUCCACCCUUCAUCAAGGAAUAUUGCUCAGCUUGCUAAGGUCAAAAUCUUGAAGAGGCAUGGCCUGUGGGAAGAGCUUCACAUCCCUCGCAGCAUUAGGUCUAUUGUUUGCCUGAACCUUCCCAGCUUCUCUGGUGGCCUAAAUCCUUGGGGGACUCCUCAUCAUAUCAAAGCAAGAAAUAGAGAUCUUACACCCCCAUAUGUUGAUGAUGGCCUCCUUGAGGUGGUUGGCUUUCGAGAUGCUUGGCAUGGUCUUGUUCUGCUAGCUCCCAAUGGUCAUGGUACUCGCCUUGCCCAGGCUCAUCGGAUCCGGUUCGAGUUUCAUAAAGGCGCUGCAGAUCACACAUACAUGAGGAUAGAUGGUGAGCCCUGGAAGCAGCCUCUGCCGGAGAACGACGACACCGUGGUGGUGGAAAUUUCGCACCUUGGCCAAGUAAACAUGCUUGCCACCCCAAGCUGCAUAUCUAAGAGCAUCCAUGACCCUUCGACGCCGCCAUCUGCGAGUGGUCAUCAUGAUGAUGAUGAGGCGAGCGCAGAGGAAUCUGAUGAUGAGUCAGGGGAGGAAAGGAGAAAGUUUGGGGCUGCCGACACAUUCAGAAUUCCAGAGGACGUUGACAUAGCUCAUUUCAGUUAGAAGAAAGGAGGUCAGUCUCUCAUCUUUCAGAUA